GAUUUUCAUUUUACAAAAUGUCCAGCUGAUAAGUGAUAUUAUAUUAUUUACUGUUGUUAAGCGUAUUUAGUGGACUGUGUGAUUCGUUAGCGCGUCCCAGGUCGUAUUGUCCAAUACACUGGUUGUAGGUAUUUAUCCAUAUAUCCUAUAGAUAGGUUCAAAUAACGGUAAUGAAUGUAAUAAUUGUAAUGAUAUAAAUAUAAAAUAAUAACGCAAUUAAUACUUAUUGUUAUUAAUUAUCAUGGUUUUCGCGUCGUAUGAACAAUGCAAAUGUUUCGUUUUACUGCUGUACAUUAUUUCGUCACAAACAUAUGCCAUCACAUUUUUCACUGCGGGUAAAGAAGAAUGUUGGUGGACUGGGUGCCAGUUGAGCACGUGGGCCGUGAUCGGAUGCGAUCAGUACAAUCGAACGCAGAAAAACGUGAAGGAAUGCGACGGCGGUUCGGAGUAUUACUGUUGUAUGCAGGACAGCGAGGCGCAGGUACAGCUUGCAGUCGACGACUGUUGGUGGACAGGGUGUCAGCCGAACGACUGGGCGAUCAAGGGCUGCGACAGCUACAACAGAACGGAAAGGAACCGGAUGGUGUGCGGAGUGGAUGGGUUUAGAUACGAGUGUUGCGCUCGCAGUGACACCGCCACGGCCUCCAAUCCGGACUCCCGCGACUAUCCGGACGAAAACUGUAAGUGGUCGGAGUGUCAACCGAAAGAAAAGAGCUAUCGCGGGUGUCGGCCGGACACUGUUCAAAUCGGUUUGCACGCCUGUCCCGGCGGCGAUCUGUUCCAGUGCUGUUCGAAAAAAAUUCCCGUCGAUGGAUAGUAGCUAGACUAUAAUAAAUUAUGCUAAAAUAUAUAAUAUUGUAUUAUAAGUAGAACGUAUAGACUUUAAUGCACCGAGAACGCGUGGAUAAAGUACGAAUGCACUUUAUACGCACGCAAAAUGAUGUAAAAUAAAUUCAUUACAAUUAAUUCAUAAUAUUAUAUGUAUGUGGUAUUAAAUAUACCCGUCAACAAGUAGGUAAUAUUCUUAUAUCGAGUUUCAUAAAGUUGAUUACUAUUUAUUUCUAAUGGUGUUAAGAAUUACUUUUUAUUUUAUAUAGUAAAGUGUUAAGAAUAUUUCUCUACAAUUAUAUACAUAUGUAAAUUAGCACCGGUCUUAAAAAAAUUUCUGAAUAAGCCUAAGGCCGGAUGCCCCACGCAUACGAUAGGAGUGCGCCAGUCUUAAGUAAGUCACAGAACAUUACUGUGGGUAGAACAUUAAUAUUGUCAGACUAUUUUUUCUAAUAUUAUAACUAUUAAUAUUGUAUUGUAAGUUUUCUUUUUAAAUUUUAAAUAUAGAAAGUAUUUAGUUCUAAAA